UCACCUUCUGACGCUUGGGGGAGGAGAGAGAGCUGCUUGGUAUUUUUGGCUUUCCCCAUAAAACGGGAGACAGUUUCCUUCAUCCCGAGUCUUCCUAACGUCAAGUGUUGAACGUGUGUAUGCUGUGUUCUCAUUCGAAACCUUUCAUACUGUUUGACUGCAGAUCCGAUUUGCAUCCCCGGUAACCGGUAUUGCCUAUCUAGAACUUUCUGGAUCCAGACCAAGGGCUUCAGUGUUCACCAGCCUCCUCAGCAAGAAGGAGACUGACUGACUGUGACUUUGGAUUCCCUGGAGGACACAAAAUUCUCUGGUUUUGCCCCUGAUGAUGCAAGUGUGAUUCCUGGCAUCUUCAUGAGCUCCCGAGGUCACAGUACACUACCACGGACUCUAAUGGCUCCUCGGAUGAUUUCCGAGGGAGACAUAGGAGGCAUUGCUCAAAUCACCUCCUCUCUCUUCCUGGGCAGAGGCAGUGUGGCCUCCAACCGGCACCUCCUUCAGUCUCGUGGCAUCACCUGCAUCAUUAAUGCUACCAUUGAGAUCCCUAAUUUCAACUGGCCCCAAUUUGAGUAUGUUAAAGUGCCUCUGGCUGACAUCCCACAUGCCCCCAUUAGACUGUACUUUGACACCGUGGCUGACAAGAUCCACAGUGUGAGCAGGAAGCAUGGGGCUACCUUGGUGCACUGCGCUGCAGGGGUGAGCCGCUCAGCCACACUCUGCAUUGCUUACCUGAUGAAAUUCCACAACGUGUGCCUGCUGGAUGCGUACAACUGGGUGAAAGCCCGGAGGCCUGUCAUCAGGCCCAAUGUGGGCUUCUGGAGGCAGCUGAUAGACUAUGAGUGCCAGCUUUUUGGGAAGUCAACAGUUAAGAUGGUACAGACACCUUAUGGCAUAGUUCCAGAUGUUUAUGAGAAAGAGUCCCGACACCUGAUGCCUUACUGGGGGAUUUAAUGCCACCAAAGCCUGCAUCAGCAGCCCCUUGAGCAGUACCAGCAUCUGCUACACACCAUCUGCUCCCCUCUUCCUCUUUCUUUUCAAAUGGUUGACUUGGUUUUCCCUCACGUGUUUUUACACUUGGUAUUCAAGUUUAAGAGAUAGGGAGGGGAUGCAAGGGAAAUGCAUACAUUUGCUAAUAACAUUUUUUAAAAACUAGCAUUUUGAAAUAGGCUUUAUGAAAAUCUUUAACAGGCUUUUAAUCAUUUUUAACAAUUUGACAGUUUAAUAAACUGGUUCUGCUCUGAAUCCCAUGCCUUUUUGCACCAUGGCAGGUGCAAGAGGAGUUCAGUCCAAAAAAAAUUGCUGAGUCCUGAUAACCCUUCAGAGACAAGCUUUUGCCUAAGGCUGCUAACCAUACAGAUGCUUAGGGAAGAUCGAUACCAGCUUCAGUCUCUACUGGAUUAACCCUAUUCUUUUGCCCUCUAUUAUUUAGUGACUGUAAGUUAAAAUAAGUAACCUUUUAUUAUUUAGUUGAUAAGUAAUUAUGGUGGAAUUUACUGCAAAGACCUCCUUGAAAUUAGUGUGCCCCAGGAUAUUAGCAUUAUUUUUAAUAAAUACAUGUGCUUAACAGAACUUUUACUAAUAAUUUCAGGGUAUGUGUGUGCAUGUGUGUUGAUGGGAGAAAGAUGCAUUCCAAUAAAUGCUAAACUAUGGCUCUUGGAACAAUUAGAACUACUUAAAAUA